CUUAAUACAUCCGUGGUGUGUACAGAUGAGAAAUUGUUAGUAUCUAGUAUUCAGUAAGCUCCUGUCUUUGGUGUGUGUGUGUGUGUGUGUGUGUGUGUGUUUUAGCUGCAUUAGAAGGCGGCAGCUCGGUUCGUUUGUCGACAUGGAUCUCGCUUCCAGGGACUCGUAUAUUCAAAAGCUCGCUAGUAAAGUGUUAUCUCAACGAGACCAGGAGCCACAGAAGAGACCCUUUGCUUAUUUCAAGGGUAAAAAUGACACGGGUCCUCCAAAGAAGAAGAAAAAGUGUAAAAAGAAGCAUUUCAAAGAAAAAGGCAUCGAUAAGAAACCAGCGACUCCUAAAUCCCAACAAAAGCCUUCACCCUCUGCUGCAGCGCAGAAAGGAGCGGCCACAGCAAAACUGAAUGGCUCCAAAACUCAGAGCAUGAAUGGAUCUACAACACCGGCUAAAGGAGGGACUGUAGAGUCCAACUUCUCUACGGUAGAUGUACUACGCAAGAGACUUCAUGAAAAGAUCGAAGAGUCCAGAGGGCAGGGAGCCCCUAAGAAUGCAGCAUCAGAGGCCGUCCAGGCAAAGCGAGCAAAACGAAAGCUGGAACGGGAGCGCAAAAAGAGGAAGAGAAAAGAGUUUCGGAUGAAGAAACUGGCUGAAGAAAGUGGCCAAGAACAGCAGCCAGAGAUAAAACAGGAAGCGGAGUGUGCCCCUGCUGCAAGCAAAAGAAAUGAAACCGCCAUCGUCUUCAACAAGGUGGAGACAGUGGAAGAGGUAUACAUAGACAAGGUGCAGAAGAAGAAGAACAAGAAACAGAGUAUGAAGGGCCAGAUAACACCACUGACGGGGAAGAACUACAAGCAGCUGCUCAGUCGCGUGGAAGCUCGCAAAGCAAAGCUGGAAGAGCUGAGGGGGAAAGAUGAGGGGAAGGCACGCGAGAUGGAGGAGAAGAUGAAGUGGACCAACUUGCUUUAUAAGGCAGAGGGCAUCAAAAUCAAAGAUGACGAGGAGAUGCUGCGCUCCUCCUUGAAAAAGAAGGAGAAGAGGCGUACUCAGCGAAAGAAGCAGUGGAACACGCGUAGUGAGACCAUCAUAGAGAAGAUGCAGCAUCGUCAGGACAAGAGGAAGAAGAAUAUCCAGAAACACAAGAACGUCAAAAUGGAAAACAAGAAGAACAAGGCGCGGAAGAGAGGCAGAGUGCUGCCUGAGGACUUGAAAAAAGCAUCGCUUUAGAGGGAGUGUGUUAUGUGAUGUUUUUUGGCAAGACGAGGCAAUGUUUAAAAAGGUAAAUCGGUCUCUUUUAUGAACUAUGAUUUAUUUACAUGAUCUGAAAGUGCGACUGCAGCACAUCUUGUACCCACCUUCCUGUCAAGGAUCAAUAUAUGUGUGUUGGCAAUAAAAUGUGAUCCUUCAUUAUAGUGGACAUUAAUGAUGA